AUCGAUCUCUUUAAGAUUUCUGUGCUUCUCUUUCAGUUUAAGAUGGAUAAUAUCGAUAUUCCAUCUUAUUUUCUAUGCCCAAUCUCUCUGGAAAUCAUGAGAGAUCCUGUGACUGUGUGUUCUGGAAUGACUUACGAGAGAGAGUCCAUAGAGAGAUGGAUAUUCACCAGCAAGAACAGUUCUUGCCCUGUCACGAGACAACCCUUAUCUGAUUCAGAUCUGACUCCAAACCAUACUCUCCGGCGAUUAAUCCAAGCAUGGUGUACUCUCAAUUCUUCCAACGGUAUCGAACGAUUCCCCACUCCAAAGCCACCCGUCGACAAAGCUCAAAUCGUCAAGCUUCUCAACGAUGGUAAAGCACAACAACACCAGAUGAGUUGUCUCCGAAAUCUCAAAUCCAUCGCCAAUGAAAGCAAAAGGAAUCGGAGAUGUUUGGAAUCUGCAGGAGUAGUUGAGUUCUUGGCUUCAAUCGUAAGCUCUACGAACUUAGAAGACGACGAAGAUACGAGUGGUAGAGCGAUUGAUGAAGCGCUUAACCUUCUUUAUCAUCUCCAGAUCUCAGAGACUGGGAUCAAGAAACUCAUCAACAGAAAUAGUGGCGAAUUCAUCCAAACCCUAAUGCGGGUUUUGCAAAAUGGGACCUACCGGUCUCGUGCUUAUGCUGUAUUGCUUCUGAAAUUCAUGUUCGAGUUUGCCGAUCCAAUCUAUUUGAUGAGCUUGCGAGUGGAACAAUUUGUGGAGAUCGUGAACGUGUUGCGUGAUCAGAUCUCACAGCAUGCGACCAUGGCUGCAUUACAGAUCAUGGUGGAGAUCUGUCCAUGGGGUCGAAACAAGAUUAAAGCAGUAGAAGCAGGUGCGGUUUCGGUACUUAUAGAGAUGCUUAUUGAGACAACAGAUCAGAGAAGGGUUUGUGAGAUGGUUUUAGUGGUGUUGGAUCAUUUGUGUAGAUGUGCAGAAGGGAGAGCUGAACUGUUCAGGCACGGAGCUGGAAUUGCUGUUGUGUCUAAGAAGAUACUUAGGGUUUCACAUGUGGCGAGUGAAAGGGGAGUGAGGAUACUGUCUUCGAUCUCGAAAUUCUCUGCGACUUCAAAUGUUCUUCAGGAGAUGUUGCAGGUUGGGGUUGUUACCAAGUUGUAUUUGGUGCUUCAAGUGGAUUGUAGUCUUAAAACCAAGGAGAAGGCCAAGGAGAUGCUCAGGUUGCAUUCUAGGGUUUGGAAGAACUCAUCUUGUAUCCCUGUCCACUUACUCUCUUGUUAUCCAUCUUAAGAUAUCCAUAA